UGGAGCUUCACCCUUCUGCUGAACAUUUGUGCUCACAAUUGGAAACACACGUCGGAGCAAAAAGUCUCUUUCUUGCACUUUGUGUUAUGUUAGGAAAUCACAGUGACAUGUUGCUGAGGUAGAACAUCCUCAAGCAUCGUUUGGACAUAAGAAGAGAUCUUUGUCCUCCCUGUUAAAUGAGCAAUGAUGAAGAUGAUGAUGAUCCGGGCCUCCUGUAAAAAUUGUCUAGCAGUGUGCUUGUUCCUUCUGCUGGUGGCAACAAUACAGGGUAAAGUAACAGCACCGGAGCGAGUCCAGGCCAGCGUGGGCAAGCCGUUCACUUUAACGUGCGCCCUCUCUAAGGACAGAAGCGACACUGUGCGGCAGGUGACAUGGCUGGACAUGACCAACCAGACGCUGCUCAGCUACCAGCCGGGGAACAAGGAAAGUGUGAGCGGGCAGCAGUACGUGGAGCUCACUCCCUCUUCGAAGGACACCUCAUCCGUCACCAUCCAGAGAGUGAGCUUCAGGGACGAAGGAUGCUACACGUGCAUCUUUGACAUGGUCCAAAGUGGUGCCAAACAAGGACGCACCUGCUUGACUGUCACUGCAUCAGUGAUAGCCGACAGCAACAAGACAGCGGUGAGCGGGAAGACGGCCUCCCUGUCGUGCUCUUACGGCCUGCCCGAGAAGGUGCAGCAGGUCAGCUGGCGCUACGCCUCGGCUCCAGGGGGGCUCUCCUCGGAGGUGGCCUCCUACGCUAAGAGGAGUGACCCCAUGAUCGAGCCCGCGUACCAGGGAAGGGUGUGGCUCAGUACUUCCCUAUCGGACAGCACGCUCACCAUCCAACCUGUGGCCAUCCAGGAUGAAGGCUGCUACACCUGUCUGUACAGCACGCAUGUGGACGGGCCAAAGAGCUCUACUGUGUGCCUCUCGACUUAUGUGCUGCCCAAACCUCAGGUGAGCUACAAGAGCACGUCGGCUGGCGUGAUCGAGGCCAACUGCAGCGCCGUCUCGCGGCCCCCCGUGGAGAUUGCGUGGAACGUGGAGCGGGACAACCGCACCAUGGGCCCACCCGUUACCACGCAGUUGCUGCAGGAUGACGGCACCACGCUAGUGGUCAGCACGCUGAGCCUGCGCUCUGGUCUGCUCAAAGACGUGUCCGUCAAGUGUCUGGUGCACCACAAGGGCCUGGAGGCCCCCAUUGCUGUGUCCAUGAACACCAAAAUCGGAACGGCCCUGGCCAUCCUCAUCUCGGUGACCACAGUGGCAGCUCUGCUGGUGCUUGCUCUCUGCUUCUGCCUCUGGAAGUGCUUCCUGCGCAAAGAAGCCGACUGAAGACUUCCUUAUGGCCUAUGUGUCAUCUCAGCAUCGAGGACCGACAUUCACACCUCCACAGGAUGUCAAUCACUAUUUUAGGUUCGACGGCCUUACGACAUUCAUCUUUUACAUGUACAUCUGACUCAUUUUCAAACAUUGAAAGGAAAUCUUUUUGCUCACUUGCAUACGUGCACACUAUCAACAAUUAACUGAAGACAAAAUGUUAUGUAUUUGAUGAGAAAUUAGAAUUAAAACAUGUAUUUAUUGGUAUAUAACAAUUAUGUACUGAUUUUAUAUUGCCUGAAACCUUAAGAGUGAUCUAUUUAGCAGUCCAAAGUAUAGUCUUGUAAUUUGCAUACAAAAACACUUCAUAUGUAUACAUUAAAGAAAAUAUGCACUGCCUUUAAGAAGAUAAACUGUUACUGAUUUUCUUGAAAUAAAUAUGUAGGACACACUUUUGUCAUUGAACGGUGUUGAUACCACACCGACCAGGAGCACUGUUAUAUUCAUUAGAAUUAUGUGAUUUAUUUUACAAUGGGUCUUUAAAUAAAGAUAAGAUCAUGACAUGA